AUGUCUAGUGCAGCUGGUGGUAAAUCUGGUGGUAAAUCUGCCGCUACAGUUUCUAAAGCUAGUUCAUCCCGUUCAGCCAAAGCAGGUCUUCAAUUCCCUGUUGGUCGUAUUCACCGUCUACUUCGUAAAGGAAAUUAUGCUCAAAGAGUUGGUGCCGGUGCUCCCGUUUACCUUGCCGCCGUUCUUGAAUACUUGGCUGCGGAAAUUCUGGAACUCGCUGGAAAUGCUGCUCGUGAUAACAAAAAAUCAAGAAUCAUUCCUCGUCAUCUUCAGUUGGCCAUUCGUAACGAUGAAGAGUUGAACAAGUUACUUGGUCAUGUUACAAUCGCUCAAGGUGGUGUCCUGCCGAAUAUUCAUCAAAAUCUUUUACCCAAGAAAUCAAAGAAGGGAGCUGCUGCAGCCGAAGUUUAA